AUGAACAACAAAGUUAUGCGAUUUUUUGCACUGGCAAUGGUUAGCCUCUUCAUAAUUCACUUCCUCUUCAUUGGAAGGAAAUCGUUUAAAAAACGCUACAUGAAUGGAAAAAAUAUGAAUAACAACAACAAUAAUAAUAACAAUAAUUAUUAUUAUGGUAAUGAUGAUGAUGCCAUCAACGACGACGACGAUUGGGAUGAUGAUGAGAACAACAACAACAACAAUAAUAAUAAUAAUAAUAAUAAUAAUAACUAUGUCAUAAUUAUAAAAGAAUUUAUAGAGGUUAGCCACCUUCAAUGCCGAAAUUUCACGAAACCGACCAAAGAAUCGAUAGUUAUGGAAAAUGUAAACUGGCAAAUUCAACAAUUCGAAAUGGAAAAAUUGUUUCUCUAUUCAGCGUUCUAUGACGAUCGGCCGCACGGCGGUAACUUACCGUACGUUCGAGUCAUCGGUAUUUUAACGUUUCACCAAGACACCAGAUAUAAUUGCCAUUUGUGGUAUUCGCAUGUAAGAAAACCGUUUAUAAUACCGGCUGUUAUCAACGAGACCGGUAUAAAUCGGUAUCAGUUCGAGAAGGUGUCGUAUAGGGAGUACACGUUCUCUUGUCAGCUGCCGUUCGUAAUACCUUUCGUACCGAACUACGUUUCUGUGAUGUUCGCCGAUGCCGACUGUACAAACUACACAAACUACAUACCAAUUUUUUACCGAGAACGGAAUUUAAACCCAGACAUCGAAUUCGGUUUAUGCGUCUGUAACGGGCAUGGUUUCUUCCAACCGGAAUACGUUGUAGAGUGGAUAGAAUUCUACAAAUUGAUGGGGGUCAGAGAGUUCAACCUGUACAAUACAACCUACGAAGGGCUCGACCAGACUCUAAAUUAUUACGUAGAAAGGGGUGAAUUGAGAGUUUCUCAACUGAGGCACCCACUGGGGAGAGAAAGGGGCGACCGAGGGAGAAUUAGAAAUUUGAGGAUCACCGCAUUGAAUGACUGCAUGAUGAGGAACCUGUACAUGUACAAAUACUUGGUCGUGCUCGAUUUGGACGAAAAUGAUUUCCCGGAGAAAAAAUUAACAAAUUAUCAUCAAAUCAUCGAAGAGGCCCCGAAAAUUCUUAAUAAAAAUUACGAAAUUUUAUCAUUCUCAUUCCAUCAGGCCUACUUCUUCCUCACAUUUGAACCAGAUUUAAUACCGCCCCGGUACAUGAAAUUCUUAAAAAAUUGGAACCGAACCAUGCCGAACGGUGAUUAUUGCGGUUCGAAAUUCGAUCUCAGACCGAUACACUGUUUUUAA